UACUGGCAACACCUUUGGUGAUAGGUGAUUCCCAGCUGAGGAAACAAACAGCGUCAUUCAAGUUAUAAAUCAUCGUCAAUUCAGUAGGCUACAUAAAUUACUGCAGAAGCUAUUGAUAUAACAGUUUGCACUAGCUACAAUGCGUAUGCUUCAGUUGUGAAUUUUAACCUUCUAGCCUAGUAAAAUUUUUAAAUAUUGUAAACGUUAACUUGUUACUGACGUAUCCGCAUUGAUGGAAUGAUCCUGCAGAAACAGCUUGAACGAGAAGAGCAGUAUAAUGGAAAAGUAUGAGAAUUUAGGACUGGUGGGCGAGGGAAGUUAUGGCAUGGUGAUGAAAUGCAGAAACAAAGAGAAUGGUAGAAUUGUGGCUGUGAAGAAAUUUCUGGAGAGCGAAGAUGAUAAAACGGUGAAAAAAAUUGCUUUACGAGAAAUAAAGAUGCUGAAGCAACUCAGACAUGAGAAUUUGGUGAACCUGCUGGAAGUCUGCAAGAAGAAAAGGCGGUGGUAUCUUGUGUUUGAGUUUGUGGACCGUACUGUUUUAGAUGAUUUGGAACAGUGUCCCAAUGGACUGGACUGCAACAGGGUUCGCAAAUACCUCUUUCAGAUCCUCAGAGCCAUCAAAUUCUGCCAUCAACACAAUAUCAUCCAUCGAGAUAUUAAACCAGAGAACAUUCUGGUCUCUCAAUGUGGCGUGGUCAAGCUCUGUGACUUUGGCUUUGCCAGGACAAUGGCCGCCCCUGGUGAAGUUUAUACCGACUAUGUGGCCACACGAUGGUACAGGGCUCCUGAGCUCCUGGUGGGAGAUACAAAGUAUGGCAAGGCAGUGGAUGUCUGGGCAAUCGGUUGCCUGUUUAUGGAGAUGCUUACAGGCGAUCCUUUGUUUCCUGGGGAUUCGGACAUAGAUCAGCUCUAUCACAUCAUGAGGUGCUUUGGAAACCUAACCCCCAGACACCAGGAGCUAUUUUAUAAGAACCCAGUCUUUGCCGGUGUUAGUUUGCCUGAGAUUACUGAAAAGGAGCCAAUGGAGAAGCGGUUUCCCAAGCUUUCCUCUGCGGUCUCCGACUUAACGAAGAAGUGCCUUCAGAUUGACCCAGAUAAGAGGCCGUCCUGCUCUGACUUACUGCAGCACGAGUUCUUCAUCAAAGAUGGAUUCCCUGCGAGGUUUACUCAGGAGCUGAACUCCAAGAUUCAGAAGGAUCUUCACGACAAUCCUUCCUUGCCUAAAAUGUCAAAGAUAUCAAAAAAAGACAAAGACGACUCCUCAGUGGAUGAGAAAAUGGCGACUUGCCGGGACUCCAAUGUCAGUGUCAAAGCUAAAGACAGCAAGCACGAGGCCAAGGCUCCCAAGGUGUCGGAGUGUAAAGUGGAGUGUGAGAAACCAGAAGCCCUGGGUAAAAACAGGCCCGAGGAUCUGGAGAAGACCUCAGAGGGUGGGGUCAACCCGGUCAAAGCUCCGUCGGUGAAAGAUUUGAACCCGGAGCAUCUAAAGACCACUGCCCCCUCUGUGAUACCGCCCAUAUCCCACAAUCCACUAGCCAUCAUCACCAACGGACUUAAUUUGUGCGCCGGGGCCGGGCCCCCAGCUGGGCCCCUGGGCCUACGGGCAAUUGACAAGGUGAAAAAGCAUGGAAAUAUCUUUAAUAGAAUAUCACAACAAUCUUCGAUUCACUACAAUGGAAACCUUUCUGGGAAGGUUACCUCUGAAAAGAGUGUUAUCCAUGAGCGGUCGUUUCUGUCUGAUAGAACAGGAAAUGGUGGCAAGAAGAAAGGAGAGAAUUUGAGGGCAGACAUUCACUUUCCUGAGCUGAAAAGCAGCCUUCUGCCUGAGCUGAGAGGUGCAGAAGGCAAACAGUCAAAGAUGACUAAAAAAGAACACAAGAAAGAUUGCCGCAUACCUUCAAUCAAUGCAAUGGACGUCUAUUCCAGUGGAGUCAUGUGACAGGUAUGAAUAUGGUGUAUUGAACAACCGAUUUAGGAACAUGCAGGUUGUGUAACAGUGUUUUUGCUAGAAUGUUAUUGAAUGUUGAAAUGCCUGUUUCCUAAUUUAGGAUCCAUCCGGCAUUCCGAUUUUCGGAAAUCACAGAGAUCAGUUUCCAAUGGAGUUGAUCUUUAAUGGUGAGAUGUGUGUCCCUGUAAAUGUGAGCGGAGUUAUUCCACCCCAGCGUAUAAUUCAUUUUUGUAUCACUUUUAUGUAUAACACUGUUAUUAUUUGCAAUGUAUUUGUGUACGCUUUGCACUGUAUGUUUUACUGUUGAUUUAUUCUGCUACGGAAUAUGGGCAAAUACAUAAAACAUUUAUAGAUGUACUUACAGUUCAUUUUUAUAGACACAGAAUACUUCAGUAUUGCAUUGAGUACUGUUGAAGGACAGCAAAGAAAUCAAGGCACAAGUUCUUUUAAGUUUUAUAAGAAAUAUUUUAAAAAUUACAUUGCUCAGAAAAGUGCUUGUUCUUUUUUUUUAGGAUAAAUAAAGUUAAAAAGUCCAAGAUGUGAAAAGUGAUUUUACAAGUGCCCAUAUGUUCAUGGAGGUAAUUCUUUAUGAAGAUUUGAACUUUUUGGACUAAAGCGUUUGACAAUAUUGCCUUCUGAAAUGAAUGUGCUGUAAUGAUCACUUUAUAAAAUAAUCACUGGGUAUUUAAUGGGUAUUUAAUAUAAAAUUGCUGUUAAAAAAAUGUAUAUCAAUAAACUAUGGCUUAUAUUAAA